AGCCAGAGUCGGUUGGGGGAAGGUUGGGGUCUGUGGGAGCGCUCGUAGCAGCCGCCAUCAUGAGGGAGAUCGUGCACCUGCAGGCCGGGCAGUGCGGCAACCAGAUCGGUGCCAAGUUCUGGGAGGUGAUCAGCGACGAGCACGGCAUCGACCCCACCGGCACCUACCACGGGGACAGCGACCUGCAGCUGGAGCGCAUCAAUGUCUACUACAACGAGGCCACAGGUAGGGCCGGGCCCCUCCCGAGCCGCCCCCCCCCCCCCGGGCUCCCCGCGCCCCCCGGCGCCGCAGUGACGGCUCUCGCUGUGUUCGCAGGCGGCAAGUACGUGCCCCGCGCCGUGCUGGUGGACCUGGAGCCCGGCACCAUGGACUCGGUGCGCUCCGGGCCCUUCGGGCAGAUAUUCAGGCCAGAUAACUUCGUGUUCGGUCAGAGCGGAGCAGGAAACAACUGGGCAAAGGGCCAUUAUACGGAAGGUGCUGAAUUAGUCGAUUCUGUGUUAGAUGUUGUAAGGAAGGAGGCAGAAAGCUGCGAUUGUCUGCAGGGCUUUCAGCUUACUCACUCCCUGGGUGGUGGCACAGGCUCUGGCAUGGGUACCCUUCUCAUCAGCAAAAUCCGUGAGGAGUACCCAGACCGAAUUAUGAAUACUUUCAGUGUGGUGCCCUCCCCUAAAGUGUCAGAUACCGUGGUAGAGCCCUACAACGCCACGCUCUCGGUGCACCAGCUGGUGGAGAACACGGACGAGACGUACUGUAUCGAUAACGAGGCGCUGUACGACAUCUGCUUCAGAACGCUGAAGUUAACGACCCCCACCUACGGGGACCUGAACCACCUCGUGUCGGCCACCAUGAGCGGUGUCACCACCUGCCUGCGGUUCCCGGGCCAGCUCAACGCUGACCUGCGGAAGCUGGCGGUGAACAUGGUCCCCUUCCCUCGCCUGCACUUUUUCAUGCCCGGUUUUGCCCCGCUCACGAGCCGUGGGAGCCAGCAGUACCGGGCUCUCACCGUGCCAGAGCUCACCCAGCAGAUGUUCGAUGCCAAGAACAUGAUGGCAGCGUGUGACCCGCGUCACGGCCGCUAUCUGACGGUGGCCGCCGUCUUUAGGGGCCGCAUGUCCAUGAAAGAGGUGGACGAGCAGAUGCUCAACGUUCAGAACAAAAAUAGCAGCUAUUUUGUUGAGUGGAUCCCCAAUAACGUUAAGACAGCGGUCUGUGACAUUCCACCUCGCGGCCUCAAAAUGUCUGCCACCUUCAUUGGCAACAGCACGGCCAUCCAGGAGCUGUUCAAACGCAUUUCUGAGCAGUUCACUGCGAUGUUCCGCAGAAAGGCCUUCCUGCACUGGUACACGGGCGAGGGCAUGGACGAGAUGGAGUUCACAGAGGCUGAGAGCAACAUGAACGACCUGGUGUCCGAGUACCAGCAGUACCAGGAUGCCACGGCCGAGGAGGAGGGGGAGUUUGAGGAGGAGGCUGAGGAGGAGGCAGAGUAAAGCUAUGCAGUUGAACACCUGUAAAUUUUGUUUAAAGUUGUAUGAACUCUCUCUCAUUCAAAGGUUCUGUUCGUGUUGUGUUAUUAUUGCUGUUUCCGAGUCACUCCCAAUGCUGUACAGGCACCAUUAAAGCAGUUUUCACAGUGCAAA